AUGCUCAACGACAACAAUGAUUAUGAUACUCCAAGGCUUGGGCGCCGUAUAUCUCUCCAAGGGAACAAGGGAACAAUAAAAUAUAUUGGCGAAGUACUAAGUACUCAGGGUACAUGGCUCGGGAUUGAAUGGGAUAAUCCAGAUCGAGGAAAACAUAGUGGAAGCAAAGAUGGAAAACAAAAGCCGGGUUCAGGGUCUUUCAUUAGACCCUCACCGUCAAUAUCGUAUGGACAGACGUUCCUACGUGCGCUAAUAUCAAAAUAUGUCGAACUUCCCCACACUACAGGACAGAAAGAAACUGUCAUUCUUGGAUCAAGCAACGGUGCCAUAGAGGUGGAGGCCAUCGGCUUGGACAAGGUACGCGGCAAACUGGCGCGACUCGAGAGACUUCGCGAAAUCAGUCUCGAUACCGAGGACGUUGCGUUCGCAGAUCCAUCCGGCGAUAUCAGAAAGACAUGCCCCAAUGUACGGAGCCUUGAUCUCUCGAACAGCCUGUUGUCCUCUUGGGAAACUGUUGCACUGAUAGCCGCCGAGUUAUCAUCUCUUCAAGUGUUGAGCCUCAACCGCAAUCGCUUUUCAGAGUUAUCUGACGCGAGUAAUUUGCGUUCAGCAUUCUUGGCUCUUGAAGAACUCCGCCUCAAUGAGACAAUGAUCACCUGGAGUGAAGUGAUCCGUCUCAUCCCCAUUAUGCCAAACUUGCGCGUACUCGAAUUAGGAUACAAUGAUAUCGACCGUCUGAACGGCAGUGCCACUGACCACCAUCUAUCUGCGACGAAGCUUGAACUUCUCAACCUUGACGCGAACAAACUCCAAGAUUGGAGUGACAUUAUGAUAUCGAUCUCUGCAUCUACAAAGUUAGAUCGGUUAAUUCUAACUUCAAAUCAACUUCAACAAAUCCCCCAAGCACCACCAGAACAGACUGUGGUACUUCCUAAUAUCGAACACAUCGGACUACAAGACAAUCUACUUUCAGAGUGGCGUAAUCUUGAUGCGCUCAAUGUUUGGCUACCAAACUUGAAAACCCUGAAUAUGAGCGGUAACCCACUCUUCUCAGGGUCGAUUGAUUUUCGACAACAAGCGAUUGUUAGACUGCCAUCUCUAGAGUCCCUUAAUGGUACAGCUAUUUCCAUCAAAGAGAGAACAGACAGCGAGAUAUAUUACCUCUCCCAAAUAUCCCGAAACAGCCAAAAGUCUAUGGAGGAACGAGAGCGUGAAUUCCCUCGGUGGAGAGAAUUAUGUGCAAAGCAUGGUGCACCUGAAGAACAGAAAGGCACCGCAGCACGAGGCCGCGAUACCCUAGCAGGCCGCCUCAUCAGUAUUCAUGUUCAUCUCUGUGAUUCCCUUGAGGCCGAGCAACCCGAAGACACGCAAGCAGGAGCGGCGGCGGCGGCAGCACGUUCAGCCAGGAAGCUUCUAACACAGCUUCCACCGCCAUUGACGCUGCGUGUCCUUCCGACGAUGUCGAUUCGACUUCUUAAGCCUAAGCUCCUCAAGGGUCUUAGACUCCCCCUUGAUCGCACACACCAAGCGUCCGACUUCACCCUGUGGUUAGUCAUGGAAGACGACUGGUUGACGAAGCUGGAUAUAGAGCAGGAAUCUCGAGAUCUCGCGUGGUGGGGCAUCGAAGACGGUUCUCACUUAGUCGUUUUUACACAGCGAUCCGAUCAGGAGAAAGCAUUACGAUGA